AUGACUAUGAUUCUGAAUUCUUGCACACCCACCUCUGCAAACAGGUGGUAUCUGUUAUCAGGGCUCCAAGCCUCCUUCUAUGUAGUCCUCUUCAUCAUCUGUGCAGCCUCUGUAUCUUGCUCCCCAUCUCAAAUCUCCUACCUUGAUCACUGUUCUUCCAUUGUCCCAGAAUUUCCCCUCACUGUUCUGGAUUUCUCCACCUUACUGUUUCCCGGAACCCAAAAUGGAUACUGUCAUGGGGGAGAUAGAAUUUUAAGCCAGGAUUCCUCUGACUACUCGGCAAGCAUCUCUAAACUUCUGGCAUUGCAGACCCGGAAAAUAUACAGAACUGAGGCUGAAGGUGUUUUCAAGGUGGAAGGGAGUCUGAACCUCCAAAGCAAUAAUAGGUAUUACUAUGGGGAAGAUUUGAGAGAGAUGGAGAAUUCCUAUUCUGGGGUUCUGCCUACAAGCUUUUGGGGUGGUUCAGUGACCUUUCUUCUACAUGGGUUCUGGUCAGAAUCUUCUGGGAAGCUUUGCAUGGUGGGAACAGGGUCUGCCUACUCCAGAGAAGGUGAGUUGCUUGAUCUUGCUGCUGUUCUCAAGCUCAAUAACGUAAAAAAUCUGAGCACUGUUACUGACUUGGUUGGUGGGACUUUAGAGAGCUUGAAUUUGGCUAGUGAUUCCAAUUACUUUGAACCAAUUUCCAUGUUGGUGUUUCCUCAAAUGAAUUACAAGUACACUUUGGUUUCUGAGGUCGGUUUGGAGUCAAAUAUCAGUAUCUGUUCAAUGCUUUCAAGGCCAGAUAAUUGGUUUGAAUUGGAGUAUCCACUUGACUGCUAUUCUCUGCAGAAUUGCACUCCUUUUGGUGGGGAAAUUGGAUAUCUUCCCCAUUUCAUAAACAUAAAAGCAAGUCAGUGUUCAGAGGAUGAACGGAGGUUGAAAAUUAUGAUCAAGUUUCAUAACUUUAGCUAUGUUGACUAUAACCAACUGCCAAGUCCCAACAUGACAUUGAUUGGGGAGGGGUGGUGGGAUGCCAAGAACAAUCGGCUAUGUGUCGUUGCCUGUCGAAUCUUGAACACCAUGCAGUCUCUCGCUAAUGCUCACAUCGGUGAUUGUUCAAUUAGGUUGAGUUUGAGAUUCCCAGCAAUCUGGUUGAUCAGAAGCAGAAGUAACAUUGUGGGGCAAAUUUGGAGCAACAAAACUGUAGAUGAUUCAGAGUACUUUAAUAGGAUCAUGUUUCAAAGUCCUGAGAAUAUAAGGCUGGAGAUUCCAGGCUUGAAAUAUGAGUACACUGAAAUUGACAGGGCAGGAAAGCUAUGCCAGAAAAAAAAGUGUGCUGAAAAUAAAGGGGAAAGAUACCCGAAUCCGAAUGACUUUUCUUUUGAUAUGCAGUUUGACAUGAUGGUUAAAAACUCCACAGGAGUGAUGGCAUGGGGAUCUGCAGCCCCUUUCUUUGUGGGUGAUAAUCUUUAUGACCCUUUUGAGUAUGGCAUUCCUUCCUCAAGCUCAGAGCCAGGAAGCUCUGUAGUUGAAGCAAAUGCCAGGCAUAUUAGCCCAGUGAAUAUCAGCUACAAGAUAAGCUUCACAUUGGAACCUGGUGCUGAAUUUGGUGUAUGA